GGACGAAUAUAAAGAUAAGCUGGAAGAGGAGUCUAAAAUGCACGGAGAUAUUGUUAUUUUGAAUAUCACAGAGAACAUAGACGAAGGAAAGACAUUUGAAUAUUUUAAAUGGUUUGCUAAAAAUAGGAAGGAUAACUAUAUGGUUAAAUUGGACGAUGACGCUUUCCUCCACCUUAUUCAUUACUAUCGUGAUAUUCAAGACAUACCGAGAGGGCGUGUGUACUAUGGCAAUGCCGUACUUCCAGAUUGGGACAUACACAGUACAUAUAUGGCAGAUUCGAAAUUAGGCGGAGGAUAUACUCUCUCCCGCGACCUCGUUAUAGACAUUGUUGGAUCAGACUGGGCUAGUUCAAAUACCAAAGGCUAUGAGGACUGGCUAGUGAGUGAGUGGAUAUGUCAUGUGGCUAAAGAAAUGAAGUACUUUGUUCACUAUGUCGGCUAUUCAAAUUGGGUGCCUCUUCGCCAAAAUCCCUUCCAUGACUUUUACGAGAAUCUGGAUCUCCACUCCGCUAGGAUUGCUAUGGUCAGGGUCAUUUGGAAUUCAACGACCGAAGGCCUGAUUACAAAGAGUGAAAUUGUUCAACGUUGCUGGGAGAAAGAACAGAUCUGGAAUAAUACCUACAAGAACUGGUUUUAUGAAGCUUGGAAUUUUAAAGAUGGGAAUAGGAAUACGGGCAUGUAG